AUGUCCAACAACAGGCAAUCACAGUCGAGGAGGACUUCUCAGGAAUCUUUCAAGAUUCGUGCACCAUUCGUUAGGACUAAUCACCGUCCCUCAAGUCGAUUCGCCAUCAUCGAACCAAGGGGGGAGGUAGCUUCCGAAGUAAGGAAUGAUCCAGUUCGGAUCAUUUGGUCAACAGGGGACAACAAAAUCGUCAGCUCAUUUUGGUUCAAUGAAGUCUGCAUCGACUUCAAGGACAUCAAAGCCGUCAGCCAAGACGAGGAAGAACAAGAAGGAAGCUGCUCCAACGUCGGAACCAGCUACAGGAUCAAGGCAGAAGUCGGUUCGGAACCGAAGGAAACCGAAAGGUUCGACGAGCAAGCCUACGAUCGACAACUUCUGAGAAGAAGAUCCAUUUCGACAAGGAUCAAGUACGAUGUCGAAAUAUCCAAAGUCAAUAAUUUCGCGUCGAAACUGCUCGCCUCCGCUCACAGUCUCGUCGCCUCAAUUCCUAGGCCUGCAACUGUCAUCGCCGCCGUCGUCGUGUCUGCUGCCUCUCUCGUCGCCAACGCUCUCUCGCCGCCACCGCCACAACGACACUCCGCCACCACGAGGACUGUUUGA